UUCAGACCCUCGAAAAACCCUGUCUUCCCUAUUCUCUCUCUUCCCCUCCCCCUUCAGUCACUGUCGUCUACCGCCACCUCGCCGUCGCGCCGCCGUCGACGUCGUCUCCCCUCCCCUCGCCGUCGAGUCUUGCGCCACUGGCUGUUGCUGUCGUCCAGGUCUCGAUCUCUGUGCUGUCUCUCUCUCCUCAAGGUCGCGUCGCUCGCGGCUGCCGCCGGUGGCGUCGCCAGCCUUAGGCGACAUUAGUCCUUUUUGUCACUCAAGCUCGGCAAUACCGGAGCUGGGCUUGACGACGAGGUAGUGGUGAUGCGCGGGGGAGCUGCUGCGGCAGUGGUUGGUGGUGUCGGUUCCUGGGAUUCCUCUGUGUACGUCAUCGUUCGUUCCUCUGGUGCUCCAUGUGAAGUAACUCGAACCGCUCCAAGGAUCCGGGCAUCAAAUUAACGUCCGGUGAGCAAAAACCCUGAACCCUGAUAUCUCCUGAAAGCUUCUAGAUGAAGAAGAUCGUCUUCUCCUCUUUCGCAACCAAUUUGCUCAAAUCAGACUCGCGCAAGCCCUCCAAUUUGAUAGCAUUCACUCUCCACAACUCCAUUUUCACCAGACACUUCUCUCAAUCCACCUCCAUCCCCAAAAAUUUGCAGAGAGUCCGCGACCAUGGGUACGACAACUACAUGGAAAUCCAGAAGAAAACGCGCAAGAUCCUCAAAUUCCAAGACUUGAUCCUCUCCCAGCACAACCAGACCGUCCCAAUUUCGCGCCUUGAUGUCCUCUCUCGCAGGUUUGGGUUCAAGCAGCACGAAGCCGGGGCUUUCCUGCUCAAGUUCCCUCACGUUUUCGAGGUUUAUGAGCACCCGGUGCAGAGGAUUCUGUACUGCAGACUGACCCGAAAGGCUCUUUUGCAAAUGCAGCAGGAGAAGGAGGCUCUCGAUGCCCAAAUCCCUGAUGCCGUGGUUCGGCUCAGGAAGCUCCUGAUGAUGUCUAAUACGGGACGGCUGAGACUGGAGCAUGUGCGGAUUGCAAGGUCCGAAUUUGGGUUGCCUGAGGAUUUCGAGUACUCAGUAGUUUUGAAGUACCCGCAAUUUUUUAGAUUGUUCGAUGCUAAAGAGACUAGGAAUAAGUACAUUGAGAUAGUAGAGAGAGACCCUAGUUUAACUGUUUGUGCAAUUGAGAUGGCUAGAGAGAGGGAGUAUAGACAGAAAGGAAUCGAUGCUGAAGAUGUGCGUUUCUCAUUCAUCAUCAAUUUUCCACCAGGAUUUAAGAUAGGGAAGUAUUAUAGGAUUGCAGUGUGGAAGUGGCAACGAGUCCCAUAUUGGUCCCCCUAUGAGGAUGUUUCGGGGUAUGAUUUGAGGUCGCUAGAGGCUCAGAAACGUAUGGAGAAGAGGGCCGUGGCAGUGAUUCAUGAAUUGCUUUCGAUGACCGUUGAGAAGAAGAUCACGCUGGAGAGAAUAGCACAUUUUCGGAUGGCAAUGAAUUUGCCAAAGAAGUUGAAGGACUUCCUCCUUCAACAUCAAGGGAUCUUCUAUAUUUCAACAAGGGGUAAUCACGGGAAGCUUCACACUGUGUUUCUUAGGGAGGCUUAUAAGAAGGGAGAGCUGAUAGAACCAAAUGAUUUGUAUUUGGCAAGAAGGAAAUUGGCUGAUUUGGUCUUGUUGAGUCCAAGAAAGGCAAAAGUGGAUAAGGAGCUUGUUAGUUAUAGUAGAGACGAUCACGAUGAAACGAGCCGAUUUCGAAGAGACCAUGUAGAGAAUAAGAUGACGAAAUUUGAUGUACAGGAGAAUUUUGUAGUUGAUGAGGAGGGCGAUGAACAACCAGGCUCAGAUGCAGCUUCAGACGCUGACUUUACGGAUGACGAUGAUGAUGGUGCGGCCAUUGUUGAUGAAGAAGAAGUAAUCCAUUGACUCGUUUUAGCAUAUUAAGAGAAGAUGUUUGUGGCUGGAGCCUAAAACUUUUCUCAUGCAACACUGAAUUUGAACACAGAUAAGACUGCUCCCUGGUGUAUUGAGGUUGUAUUAAAUGCUGACUACCUCAUGGCACGGUACAGACUAUGGAAAUAGAAUUCAUGUGCAAACGGGCAAAUUGAAGACGAGCAGUCUAAGUCAUGAGAGAGCCACAGGUUCUUAAACUAGACGUAUGUGCUGGCCACAAUGCCUUUUGAGUUGCUAAAUGGUUUUGUUGUCUUCUCCUCAUCUAGAGAAUAAAGUGGGCAUCAUUUUAUAGGGAAAAUAAAUUGCUUUCAUCUUCUGGGAAAGAAGUCUGCUUACUAGCUUGUGGAAUAGAAAUCAGUGAGAUGAUUUCAAUGAACAUGGUGCAAAUUGCCGUCAUUGAUAAUGAUGCUAAUCUUACACGGCAUUUGUAGUUUGCCUUAUAUAGAGUGGAAGAGAAGUUGGAAGAGGACGUGUUUUUAAGGUGGUGCUUCUUCGCCAGAAGUUGAAGUUGGUUUAAGGUAGGUUGAAUUCGACGUGGAACUCGAGAGCUGAUCCUAUUCUGAGACUUCCUGCACACAUCUAACAUGAAAUUCUUAUUCUUUUAGUCACUUUCAGUGUCAGCUCUCAAGCUUCAUCCGAACAAACUGAUAAACAACCAAACCAUGCACCUGCGGAUU